AUGGCUUCAGAAUCCAUCGAUGUUCUUGUCCAUCAAAGCUUUCCACUUGAAAAAUCUAUGUCAGAUUCUCCAAAAAACCUGUUUGAUCUCCCACCUGACUCCUUUUGGGUCCCCAAAGACUACGAACAAGAUUGGUUUGAUCGCAAUGCAAUGAUGCAACGUAAAACCUCCAUAAAACUCGGUUUUCUUGCUGGUUCAACUCGAAACUCCAAGUCCUUUUCUCAUCGAUCUUCACUCUCUUCCAACCAAAAACACAGACCAUCUCUCAUUGGACUCGCUGGUACUACUCAAACACCUCGCUUGGGCAUAGUUAGAGAUGCUAAUCGACAGCUAAACCAUGUGGGAAGUUCUUGGUUGUUCAGAAGCAGGUCUGAACCUGGAGGGAAGCCACCAACGCAGCUCUCUGAACCGGGUUCUCCUAGGGUGUCUUGUAUUGGAAGGGUUGGAUUGAAGAAUAGUGGUCAUAGGAAAACCGGCAUCUUGAAGCUUUUCAAUUCGAUUUUUCGCGGUCAAAAGGGCAAAUUGCAUGUGGAUUUGAGACAAAGAAUGGAUCGGCCGGUAAGGUAG